CGCCCAGGUACAUCUGUAGGCGCCUCACGAUGGCCUCCUGCUGGACGAGCUCACGAAGAGUCACAACGGCUGCGAGCGCUAACAGCCUCAGCACGAAGGAACUACGAUGAGAUUGCGGCAACCGCGGGAACUAGCAUCAAGGCUGAUGAAAUGGACGAUCGAGGUGCAAGCGUUGUCCAGUAUUGAGAAUAGGUACGAUCUCGCGAGAGAAGAGCUCAAUGGAGUGCCUCGCAGUCUAGAACACGACCCUCCGGCUCCGCCUCGCCCGAUGUGACUUUUUCCCUUUCCGCCUGCGUGCGAUUCACUCCCGCUCCUUGAGUCCACACGAUACAAUCCCUCGCCUUACACGCCCGAGGCAAUGGCCGGCUCACGCUUCGCGUACGUGCGCUCUUUUGAGCUGCCCGAUCCGGUGCUUCCGGGUGUUUUCAUGGUGGUGAGAAUCGACGGAAAGGGCUUCCAUGGGUUCUCUCAAGCACAUGAAUUCGAGAAGCCGAACGAUGCGGUCGCUCUGGAGCUGAUGAACCAUGCUGCGAGGCACGUCUGUCAGGAGUUGCGGGGUGACGUGACGCUGGCCUUCGGCGAAUCGGACGAAUACAGCUUCUUGUUGAAGAAGUCUUGCAAGCUGUAUAACCGGAGAGAGAGCAAGAUUGUCACGCACAUAGUAUCCCUCUUCACAUCCGCCUAUGUUUUUUACUGGCCGCAAUACUUUCCCAAGAAGGCAUUGCAGGGUCCGCCCUCCUUUGAUGGGCGGCUCGUAGUGUAUCCGGGCGUGCAGGAGGUCAAGGAUUACUUUGCCUGGAGGCAGGCCGAUACUCACAUCAACAAUCUUUACAACACGACCUUUUGGUCCCUGGUCCUCCUCUCCAACCCUCCACUCUCGGAACGUCAAGCCCACGAAACUCUCAAGGGCACCGUCUCUUCGCAAAAGAAUGAGAUCCUCUUCAGCAAGUUUGCGAUCAAUUACGAGAGACUGCCGGCAAUGUUCAGAAAGGGGACGACGGUUGUACUAGCUCCUACUCGACCCUCCAGCAAAGUCAGGAAGUCCAAACGACGCAAAGCCCAUCCUCGCGAGCUCAGAACACUGCACGUAGACAUCAUUGGCAGCGCCUUCUGGGAGGAGCCAGAGGCGGGCGCCAAAGCGGCAGCGAGGGCGGAAGGCGGGGAAGAGCGCAGCAAGAGCGAGAGUUGCAGAGGCGCUGGCGUAGAAGAUGGACUCGAGCACCGGAAGAGGCUCUACAUUCCCAUCCCUAGCUCGGUACAGGCAGACGCUGCGCCUUUCCCACCAUGGGAGGCUCCCGAUCGGACGCAGGGUACUGCAGGUCUUGGACGGUGGGCCUUGAGGCAUUAA